AUGGGGCCCCUGUGUCCUUGCCCAAACUCAAAAAAGCCUAUGAAAAAGGUACCAGGGGCAUCUCAUGGGGCCCCCUACUGACCCAGGGCCCUCAAUAGGGGAUCAUGGGACCCCUCUGUCCUUGCCCAAACUAAAAAAAGCCUAUGAAAAAGGUACCAGGGACAUCUCAUGGGGCCCCCUACUGACACCGGGCCCUCGGGCAGUGCCCGAGUUUCCAAAUGGUCAGUCCGCCCCUGGCUGUAUAUACUGUGUGUAGCGUCAACUGCAUA